GGAUCGCCAGGACGCGGAGUCAAAGUAGCCAUCUUCGGCCUCGACGUCCACUUCCCCGUGGAGCCUCUGCGCAGCCAUGAACGGCUUCAACGGCACUGUCGCGCCGCCGGGCGGCAUGUACGUGCGAGCCUUGUACGAUUACGAUGCCGACGACCGCACAAGCUUGAGCUUUCGGCAAGGGGACAUCAUCCAGGUCAUAACACAACUGGAGAGUGGGUGGUGGGACGGAGUCAUAAACGGUGUCCGAGGAUGGUUUCCCAGCAACUACUGUGCCGUAGUGCCGCGUCCGACAGACGACGGUGAAGACGACCGGAAUGGAGGAGCUCUUGAGGAGGACCCUGAAACCACCUCUCUAGGUGGCACCGACUAUACCAACUCAGACUCGGAGUCGAUCAACGGGAACGACACCUCUGCAUUGCCGAUCGAGGGCACCGAAAACAAGGAGCAGGAGGAAGCUGCUUUUUGGAUCCCACAGGCCACUCCGGAUGGAAGGCUGUUCUAUUUCAACACCCUGACCGGUGUGAGCACAAUGGAACUUCCACUCGAGACCCCAGCCUCACUCAAUGAGAAUGGGCCAAUCGAUCGCACAAAUGUCUAUAUUCCCGAGCAAACUCGCGCUCCGCCAGAACUCAUGGCUGGAGGAUAUCAAGUAGAAGAUACUGACGAUGAGAACACGUCGGACUUCGAAGGCAAUGGCAUGGUUAACUCGCGCGGCUCUCUACCUCGACGAAGGCGGUCUUUCCAUUCGAAUGGUGUGUCCCCGGCAACCUCCAUAGAAUCCUUGAAUACUACUUCACCCACCUCUCGAUCGAAUACCACAAAUGGUACUAGCUUUGCCGCUAUGGAAUCGUCCAUAUUGCCCAUUGGAACGACUGCGACUUCAUUCGCGAACAACCCUCUCGGCCCUUCCAUGCCAGCUGCCAUGUCUCGCAAAUUCUUUGAUGACGCGAACCCGAUUCCUCUUACGUGGAACAGGAUGGUGGAUGAUAUGCGACGAGCUGUCGAGCGCUACCGCCAGGCAAUCAGCAACAGUGACCGAUCCGAAUUUGUGAAACGUGCCGAAGAUAUCUCAGAUCACCUUCGUCUGCUCCUCGCUGCUGGAUCUGGUACAACGGACAAUCACUCUGGCAAUCCAUCAAUAAUUUCGACGAACAAGGCCCUUUAUCCUCACUUCCGCGAGACUAUGUCAAGGUUUUCCAAGCUGGUGCUUUCAUCUCACAUUGCUGCCGCAGACUGGCCACCCCCAGAUUCUUACUCAAAGUGCUUGAAAGAAGCUGAUGGAGUCUUGAAUGGUGUAUAUGGUUUUGUCGAGGUCGCGAGACAGCAAAGGGGUGAAGAUAUCCCUAGACUCAUCCCUGGCUUUGUCGUCGGCAGCAAUUCUGGAGGGAAUUGGCAGAACAAUGGCCUUGAUGACCGGGAUCCAGGAGCUUCAAUGUCUUUUAUCGACCAUGAGGAUUACGAGCCUUUCAUUGAACCCACGGUCAAGUUAGACGCGAAACUUCUGGAAAGGCUAGAAGACUUGAAGAAAAUGAUUGUCUCAAGUAUCCGCCGUCUAGACGAGCAAUUGGUCGUGCGCGAAAAGAUCAUUACACCCUACAGACAUCAAGCCAUUGGAGACGACGUCUGCUCAUCAGGAAGCAAGGUCCUCGAUGUUUUCCGACCCUGGAUCUCUACAGUAGAAUCCAUCAAUCUCUCGGCGCUGGGUUCAACACUACAAGGCCAGCAACUCGGCGAAUUCAGCAUUCAGAAGCAAAAGAUCUAUGAUCUAGUGUCAGAGCUAGUCGUGGCCUGUCAAGGCGUUGCCGCCCCACUAGCUGAUGAGUGGGCCGAGACUCGCGGAGACUCUCUCGAGGAUCGUAUAAUCGCUGUUCGAUCGGUCACUAGAGAUCUCGAAGCCAGCACCAAUCAGAUGUAUAGCAUCCUACAACAGCUUUCAGAGGCGAUACCCCUUGCCGAAAUGUCUACUCGCAGCAGUGAUCCUCGCAGAGCGACGGAGGGCGAUAUGCAGGCUUUCCACAAUCGGGGACUUUCUGCAGCCAACAGGCCUAACUUGAAAGAUAUGAUACAGCCUCACUCAUAUAGCGAAGGUACUGUUCUUGAAGACUCCAAAAAUGAAGGUGUCAUGAACAACAAGAGUAGGAAGGUUCAACAAUUCUUUGGAGAAGUUCCUGCUCCGAAUCUCGCACCCAAUAACGUGGAAGAGGUGCCAGAAUUCCUCAAACUCGAUCAUGAAGGUGAGAUUUCAUAUGACCACAAGGCCACUCCUCCUCAACUUAGAGGAGGCACCCUGACUGGCCUGGUGGAACAACUCACGCGUCAUGAUCGAUUGGAUCCUGCUUUCAACAAUACUUUCUUGCUCACAUACCGGUCGUUCACCACGGCUGGGGAGCUCUUUGAGAUGCUGGUGAAGAGGUGGAGCAUUCAACCUCCUUACGGAUUAGCAAAAGAAGACUAUCAGACCUGGGUGGACAAAAAGCAGAAGCCUAUCAGAUUCCGAGUCGUCAACAUUCUCAAGAGUUGGUUUGACAACUACUGGAUGGAAGGCAAUGAUGACGACGCCAGGGUCUUGAUUGGAAGGGUGUACAACUUUGCAAAAGACCACGUCGCGACAACCAGCACACCCGGUGCUGCUCCGCUCAUGACGUCCGUAGAACAGCGAUCCCGAGGUCCGGAUAUGCCAACGAAGCGCCUCGUAUUGACGCUGAAUACGCAAACACCUCAGCCAAUCUUACCAAAGCACAUGAAGAAGCUCAAGUUCUUGGACAUCGAUGCCACUGAGUUUGCACGCCAACUCACUAUCAUCGAAUCCAGGCUAUACGGAAAAGUCAGGCCUACCGAGUGCUUGAAGAAGACUUGGCAGAAGAAACUGGCUCCCGGCGAGCCAGACCCAGCUUCGAAUGUGAAGGCGCUGAUUUUACACUCUAACCAACUGACAAAUUGGGUUGCUCAGAUGAUCCUCACGCAACAAGAUGUCAAACGCAGAGUUAUUGUCAUCAAGCACUUCGUUAAUGUUGCAGACAAAUGCCGAACCCUCAAUAACUUCUCUACCCUCACAUCCAUUAUCUCGGCGUUUGGAACUGCGCCAAUUCAUCGCUUGAACCGGACCUGGCAAGCCGUGAACGCACGCUCAAUGAGUACCUUGGAGAGCAUGCGGAAGUUGAUGGGCAGCACGAAGAAUUUUGCAGAGUACAGAGACACUCUACACAAGGCCAACCCCCCUUGCAUCCCGUUCUUUGGUGUCUAUCUUACCGAUCUGACGUUUAUCGAGGACGGCAUUCCUUCUCUUAUCAAGAAGACCAACCUCAUCAACUUUGCCAAGCGGGCGAGGACCGCGGAGGUCAUCCGCGACAUCCAGCAGUAUCAAAACGUGCCGUACCCUCUCCAGCCCGUCCCCGAACUGCAGGACUACAUCUUGACGAAUAUGCAAACGGCCAACGAUGUACACGAGAUGUACGACACCAGUUUACAGGUUGAGCCUCGCGAGCGCGAGGAUGAGAAGAUAGCAAGGUACGGCGACUUUGUGGCUUCUAUCCGGCCACAUCGCUCCUCAAUCUUUGAUUGAUCGUUUGAGUUGGCCGGACGUCGCUAACUAUUGAUUGUUUCGCUUCAGGCUUCUAUCCGAGUCCGGAUUUCUAUGAUGAUACCCUACGACGCAUCUACCUCAUGCAAUACGAUCGUGCUGGCGUUAGUUCUCUCCGUCUUUGGGGGUUUCCAGGU